CAGAUUCAGAAGGGUUGGGAACCCGGGCCCAUAUAAAAGCGCUCCUCAGGGCGACCUCCGCGCUAGAGUGGUGAUAAACCCCUGUUCAAAAUGUUUGUGUCUAGGAUAUUUGUUUUCUCGGUUUUGCUCGUAGUGUUUUCAUGCAUAUCGUCCAUUCACGGAUGGCUUUUCUACAAAAAAUCGUACUACCCGUACGCUACGAGGGAAUACAACGCGAACCAGGCGCAGGCUAGCCAGGGCCAGGGCCAGAGCGGGGCCCAGCCGCAGCAGACUCCACCGCAAGGGGCCCACCACCCGGUGCCGGUGGCGACGCCCAACAACUGGAUGCCCAUGCUCCACUCGGGCGUAUUCUACAACGACGCCGCCCCCGGACAAGGCGUCCCUGUCACCGUCGCCAUCCCGGUAGCCGUCCCCGCUGCAGUGCUAAAGGACAAUAUUCCUCCGAACAUGUACAUGGGUAACACGCACCCUGGCUCCGUUCAAAGCGUGCCUCUGUACGUACAGGAUCGUCCCCAGGGUCUGCAGAUGUCGCAUCCGAAUCUCAUCGGCGCACCUCAGGACGGAGGGAUGAAGUACUCUUACGGCCCAUGCAUGUGUCCGGUGUCCUACUCGACGAAAGUGGAAGCCGACCAACCACAGCCUCCAUCGACGCCGGAACAGCCGACGCAACCAGCCACCCCGACACGCGAGACGUACGUCGUCCAACCCGUCGGCACGACAACAGCUUAAACUUUGACAGUCGAGAGUAGAUCAUGCGAUUGAUGCGACGAAAAAUGCCAAAAAUUACUGCGCUGAAGCAGCGUAACUAGGGGGAAUAGACUGAUUUAUUUUUAUAAGUCAAUCAUUGGCGGAUCCAGCAAUUUGGCAACAUUGUCUUUUCGCCAUUUAAACCUAUUGAAAUGUAUCGAUUCUUGGAGGGGCCAGGUGCUCCAACAAGAAUCGAUUCGCUAUCAUAGGUUUAAAUGGAGAAAAUCCGAUGUUGGCAAAUUGCUGGAUUAGCCUCUGAAGUCAAUGCUGCCUUCAGUGUACAGAACUGUUGUUAAGAAACACGAAAUCGCUUCUCUGAAGUCAGGGUGGAACUUAAUUUUGAGAUGAGCCCUUUCGUGCAUUUAAUUUUAUGCUUUUCAGGGCUCAACUUGAAGUAGAAAUACGCCCUUACAUCAGAGGAGUAUGUUGCAUACUUGGCGUAAAACAUACCCGUGUAUGCUUCGGGUCUGUCCGGGCAGUAGGAUUGUUCGUCGUCAAAUCACGACAUUUCAUCAAAUCAGUUUUAGCUGAGUUAAACUUGGUUUUUUCAUCAUGAGAAGGAGAUAAUUUCAAAAAGUGUAGAGUGAAUUAUCACCAAGCUUUUAUUGGAAAUUAAUCUGAGCAAAAAAGGACCCCGUAGAGAAAUGGUUGUGAGGGUCAUUUUAGUAUUUCCGAUUCUUUGAAGAAAUCAACCCUAGUAAAGUUUGAAUCCUGUUGUAAUUAGAGUAUAAUACAAAGCGACUACUUACAGUAAAAUCAACUAUGACCUCAGCUAAUAAUGCAUCCAAAGAAAGAAAAUCUAUUUAAUUAAUUUAUUCGUUCAAAAGACUUGAUAUGAAAAAUAGGUUGUUUAUUCAGAAAAGUCAAAACUGAUUAUUUUUACCAAAAGCUCAUCGAAACGUUUCUCUUGAAUGGACGAUUUGAAAUUCUUCAAAUAAAUUAUUUUCCUAUGAAAAAAA